GUUCUGUUUAAGAGUAAUUGGUGGGAAGUGGGGAUGGAGGUGGAGCGAGGAAUGUCGGAAAAUCCUGCAACCAUGGCAGAUGAGGUAUGGGCAGCGCGAAGCAACAGCUUCUUCAAGGCCUUGCAGGAACUCAAGAACUUGAGGCCACAACUUGACUCUGCUGCAGAAUGUUCCGAGAAAUCUUACCACUACAGCAACCAGAAAGAGAUGGCUAUGGACAACCUAAAAGAAUAUGCUGAACGAGCUGUUGUGAGUGCAAUUGACCACAUAGGAACAGUUGCUUACAAGCUGAACGAAAUGCUGGAGGAAGAAACCUCGGAUAUCUCAACCAUGGAGUUGAUGGUCACACGUUUCCAUCAGCAAAUUUUCACCUGCCAAACAUAUAUUGAUAAAGAAGGUCUCAGGCAGCAGAAGCUGUUAGCAACAAAUCCAAGGCUCCACAAACAUUAUACUCUACCUGCUUCAGCAGUCAGGAAGAAGGUCGACUCUAGCCAAGAACAUAUUCAAAAGAGUCAGACGCAACAUAAAGAUACCAGGCCCCAAAUCUGUCUAUUAGGUGCCCCUGCUCCUAAAACACUGUCAUGGCAUCUAGCAUUAGAAGCCAAAUCAAAACUCAGAAGGCCUUCACAGUUCUUAACAAGGGAUGAGGAUGCAAUGAUGUCCGGAAGAACAUCUGGUGUAGGCAGGACAUCUUCGGAAAAUAUCAUUUGCAGAUGUGGGGGAAGAGAUGAGGACAAAGAAAAUACCCUCAUCGUCAACACGACCUCGGUCACUUGGGGCAGGUCCCGCAUCUAGGGUAGCCAUGCAAACCUUGGGAAUUGAUGCUUCGGAGGGCUAUAAAUUACGUACGACGAGACCAAAUCCUCCACCAUUUGGUAACCGCACGCAUGAAGAGAAGGCGGCCAAGGUUGCAUCAACUCGCGGCAAGGCUACGGCGGCGGCGCUAUCAACUACUUUCUCUGCAGUCAAAGAGAAAACGAGAAAGCUGAUUAAAAGCAUCCAGACUUCAGAAUAUUAGUGUAUAUGGCGUUUAGUUUAUUACGAUUACUAAUAAAGGCCCGGCAGGUUUUCAGGUAGUAUUAAUUUUAGUAUAUACUCCAUCCGUCCCAGAAAAUUCUUCCAAGUUUGAUUUGGAUCGGAGUUUAAGAAAGUGAGAAUAAAGUAGAAAUGUGUGGUUGUAGUUGUGUAAGAAAAAGGUGAAAUGAAUGUGAGCCACACAAAUAAUAAAAAAGGUGAAGUUGGAAGAAUUUUCUGGGACGUCCCAAAAAGGAAAGUUGGAAGAAUUUUCUGGGACGGAGGGAGUAUCAACAAGGUUAAAAUUUUAAUAGGGCCCUAAUUUUUAUUACUCAAGAUAAAUUAAAAAUGUUAAGACAGAUUAUUUUGUUGAAGUAAAGCCUUAUUUAAAUUUGUUCAAGGUAUAUAUUGUGUAAGAGCUUAUUACAUCUAAUCUUACUAGUAGUAGUAUUACUAUAUAUUGAUG